UUAUUGAAGUAACGUGUGAAAUGACGCAGAUAACUCAACUAUGGCAACAGUAUUCGGGCAUAAAAUGAUAUACUUUAUAGCGAAAAAAAAAACAUCUUAAAAGGUAUCAAAAGAUGUAACUGAUUAUGUCUCCUUUAGUUUCAUAUAUAUCACACAUCCUUUAUGUUUGCAAACAGUGUUCAAGGUAGAUAUGUAUAUUUUCUAAAGUCGUGAGUUGUUUAAUAGAAAUAUAUUGAACGUUCAGAAUGUUUUCUAACACGACGCGAAGUGGGAUGUCCGAUACAGAACAAGGACAACAUAUGAGACAGCCGCAAGGACCACCUUGUAUGCCACCACCAGGCUUCACCGGUCCUCCUCCGCCUGGAGCGACCCUCAUUGCUGCCGAAAGAUUAUGGAAAAUAGUACCACCAAUCAUUAUUUCAGUCGGACUUAUUGGUAAUAUACUGACUUUAAUAAUUUUACUGCGGCAUGGAAGAAAACUGUCAUCCACAGCGGUGUUUCUAUUAACAUUGACAAUUUCGGAUACCUUGUUUUUACUAAAUGCCCCGUUACGACAUUGGAUUUUAGCAAUGUGGGAUGAGGACGUUAGACACAUAAGUGAAAUAGGAUGCAAGUUUUCGGUAUAUCUUACGUACUCGAGUCUCCAACUCUCGUCUUGGGUCCUUGUUGCUGUGACUGUUGAGCGUUUUAUAUGCGUUGUGUGGCCGCACAGAGUGAGGCUCGGUUGCACUCCACGGUCUUCUGUGAUCAUGGUGAUUAUUCUCUCCUUUGUCAUAUUCGGAGGAAACACGCAUAUUUUGUACGGAUAUGGACGUUCUGAUCUACUGAUUUUUAGGAACAGAGGAUUUUGUGAGCCGCUAUAUGAAGGCUACAAUACAUUCUGGUCAAAAACGUAUUCUUGGAUUGACUUUAUAGUUGUUUUUGUGAUACCAUUUUGUAUAUUGCUUCUGGCAAAUGUAACAAUUAUCUAUAAACUGCGUAAAACACACGAAAUCAGGCGGAACAUCAGUAUAGACAAGACCGGAAGUCAUAAAACAAGUAGCAGGGACACCAGGACAGUGACUAUUAUGCUCAUACUUUUAAGCGUAGUGUUUUUUAUAUGCCUCACUCCAGUUUCGAUCUUUUAUAUCUAUAGACCUUACUGGCUGGAAUCGAUCACAGAGUUGCAGUGCAUUGACAUCUAUGAGUAUUUUAGACUGAGGGAAGUCUACAAGCUGGUGGAGGCGAUCACAAACUUGCUCGGUUAUAUCAACUCGGCUUUUAACUUCGUGCUAUAUAUUGUAAGUGGUUCGAAGUAUCGCGCAGAACUGAAAGCCCUAAUUCUAUGUCGGCCUGUCGGAGAGUCGGGCUUAUUCGGAGGCAGUGGUUUUACACCACGAAGACGGGGGACAACAUCUACUAUAGCAUCCGUUAGAAGCAGAUCUUCUUCUACUUCUACGUCAAAGAGUGUUGGCAGCCAUACCGAUGAUGUAGUUAACCUAAACCCUUCAAUAGAGCGAGCUUAUUUAUCUAAUAACAAUGAAUGCACGGAAAGUGUUAGACUGUGAUGUCUCAAUCACGUUGCUGAAUAGUGAUUAUUUUCACAGUGAUCACUGUCAUUGAAUUGGAAAAAUAAAAACAAAAACACAGAAGUUAGAACACAAUGUUUCUUGUCAGGACGUUUGAUAUCUCUUCGAAUUUCAUACUUUAUACUGUCGUUUGAUUUACUAUUGGUUUAUGUCUAUUGAUUAACAUUUUACUGUCUAUACUGUCUAUUGAUUUACAUUAUACUGUCUAUUGAUUUACUUAAUACUGUCUAUUAAUUAACUUUAUACUGUCUAUUGAUUACUUUAUACAGACUAACUGUUUAAUGAUUAACUUAACACUGUCAAUUGAUUAACUUUAUACUGUCUAUUGAUUUACUGUAUACACUACUGUCUAUUGAUUUACU